UAAUUUAAAAAAACAAGAGGGGACUGUGGCUCCAAUACGAGCGCGCAUGCUCAGUAGUGCCUUUGUGUCGCUGACUGCAGAGCAACAAGCUAGGUAGCAGCGGCUAGCCUCAAACAUUUAGACGACACAGAGGUAGCUAGCAGGUUAGCCGCUCAGCUAAUCAUGGUGAAUGUAAAGAAGCGGAAAGGUCGAGUCGUGAUUGACUCUGACUCUGAAGACAGCGCUAGUGACGAUAAUUUAGAUCAGGAGCUGUUGUCUCUUGCAAAGAGGAAGAGGGUCGAUUCAGGUGAGCAGGAAGAGCCAGUUAGCAAGCCUGCAGCUUCUACAGACUCAGAAACAUCUGACAGUGACGAUGAGUGGACUGUGGGAGGCACCAAAGGCAAAAAGAAGGUUAAACAAGGGAAAGGGUCUGACAAGAAGAAUGCUACAAAGAAAAAAGUUAAUAAAGCAACAGCGUCUGGUAGCUCAGAUGGAGACAGUUCAGCUGAGAGCUCUGCACCAGAGGAGGGUGAGGUAUCUGACUCAGAGAGCAACAGCUCAUCCUCCAGCUCCGACUCUGACUCCUCUGAAGACGAGGUUUUCAGGGAUGGUUACGAUGACGACCUGAUGGGGGAUGCAGAGGACAGAGCUCGGCUGGAACAGAUGACGGAGAAGGAGAGAGAGCAGGAGCUGUUCAACAGAAUUGAAAAAAGAGAGGUGCUAAAGAGACGGUUUGAAAUUAAGAAGAAACUGAAGACGGCAAAGAAGAAGGAGAAAGAAGAAAAGAAAAAGAAGCAGGAGGAAGAACAAGAAAAAAGGAAACAAUCUCAGGUUCAAGACACGCAAGUGGUCAUGUCACACAACAAGGAAAGACGAUCCAAACGUGAUGAAAAACUUGACAAGAAGUCCCAGGCCAUGGAAGAACUAAAAGCUGAACGUGAAAAGAAGAAAAACAAAACAGCUGAACUGCUGGCCAAACGUCAGCCUCUAAAGACAAGUGAGGUUUAUUCAGACGAUGAGGAGGAAGAGGAGGAAGAUGACGACAAAUCAUCAGUCAAAAGCGAUCGGAGUUCACGCUCCUCGUCUUAUGAUGAUGACGAAAAAGAGGAAACUCCACCAAAGUCACAGCCUGUUUCUCUACCAGAUGAGCUCAACAGGGUCCGACUGUCCAGACACAAGCUGGAGCGUUGGUGCCACAUGCCCUUUUUUGCUAAGACUGUUACUGGUUGCUUUGUCCGGAUAGGGAUCGGAAACAGCAGCAGUAAACCCGUUUAUAGGGUUGCUGAAAUUGUAGAUGUGGUAGAGACGGCAAAGGUUUACCAGCUUGGAUCAACGCGAACAAACAAGGGAUUACAGCUGAGGCAUGGUGGUGACACCAGGGUUUUCAGACUUGAGUUUGUAUCAAAUCAGGAAUUUACAGAAAGUGAAUUCAUGAAGUGGAAAGAGGCGAUGAUGGUCGCUGGGAUGCAAGUCCCGACUCUUGACGAAAUCACCAAAAAAGAACAGUCCAUCAAAGAAGCUCUGAACUACAAGUUCAAUGACAAAGACAUAGAAGAUAUUGUUAAAGAGAAGGACAGAUUCCGAAAAGCACCACCAAAUUACGCCAUGAAGAAAACGCAGUUACUGAAAGAUAAGGCCAUGGCAGAAGAGAGUGGUGAUGGUGACCGAGUGAAGGUUAUCCAGGAUGAGCUGAAUGAGCUGGAGGAAAGAGCUGAAGCCCUCGACAGGCAGCGGACCAAGAAUAUAUCUGCCAUCAGCUACAUUAAUCAGAGGAACAGAAGCUGGAAUAUUGUUGAAUCAGAGAAAGCUCUCGUGGCUGAGGGACAAAACUCCAAAAACCAACAAAUGGACCCUUUCACGCGGAGACAGUGCAAACCCACCAUGGUGUCUAACGCCAGGGACCCAUCAGUCCAUGCAGCUAUUCUUGCUCACCUGAACCAGAAGUAUGGCUCUGGAUCAACACCAGAUCCUAGUAGUGCUGAGAAGAGCAAAGUGGGUCAAGCAAACCAGAAAGACAAAGAUAUCCCCAAGCCAACCACUGACCUCUCAGAGGACUUGUUUAAAGUUCAUGAUUUUGACGUUAAGAUCGACUUACAGGUUCCUAAUGCAGAGGCCAAGUCUCUGUCUGUGAGCUCCAACGCACUCCCAGUGAAGGACGGUGCUCCCCGCCGGUCCCUCAACCUGGAAGACUACAAGAAGAGGAGGGGUCUGAUCUGAUUUGACCUGUCUGUCUUUCACAAAUGACAUUGCAUGUGUAAUUGGCGGUGUGUGUGUGGGUGUGUGUCUGAGUGUGUGCAUGAGACAGAAUGAAUGGAAGUGUGUGUGAGUCCUGAAGUCUGGGUGUUUGAAUGUUGAUGACUGACUGUUUCUCCUAACACAGAGGACAUACUGAUUGAGCAAAGGCAACAUUUUUCGCAAAGGAUCUCUCUCGGAAAGACCUGACCACAUAUUUGUUAUUUUUACAUGAUCACACACUCAUAUAUUGAGUUGUGUUUUUUAUGUAUAGAGCUUCUUCCCCACCUUUUUUUAAUAUUUUUAUUUUUUGGAGUGGGGGAUCAUCUUCUGGAGUCCACUCCCCCCCCCUCCCCCCCACCGCCCCCCCAAAAAAAGACACGCUGCUUGUGGAUCAUUAUCUGAACAAAGACACUAUCUCAGAAGACUUAGAUUGUUGAGGUAUUUUGAGGUAUUUUCUGGACUGGACAUGUAAUGGAAUUGACCAGCUUCUCCUCAUCAGCACCUCAUUCCUGUUGUAAAUCUUCCACCUCCCUUAAAUGUGUGAUCUUGUGCCCAUGCAGUUCAUCCUGAUUUUAUCAGCCUUGUCGUCUUUUGCAGACCAUAAAUGUUCACCACCUCGACUGUGACGCCGGCCUUCUGCGUCAAAUGUGAAAAUAAAGACUCGGGCAUAGAACUUGCAGAACACAUCAACUGGACAUUUGUCACUUUUUAAGUCUUUGAAACAACCCGAUUUAAGAGGAAACUUUUUCUAUGGCUGGUUAUAAAAGUGUUGCUUUGGUUUUUUUUUUGUUAUCUUUUCAGUUGGUUGUUCAUGGGACAACCCCCUGAUGUUAAACUCCCAGAGCAGAUUCUACGUGUUAUUGAUUGUGUCUAUAGUCAGUUCCUGUAUUGAUGUGGCAUGCCAUGUAAAUAUGCAUUUUGGAGUGAGUGCGGAAAAAUAAAGAGGCACUGUUUCAUAA